AUGGCCAUAGUAACUCGUUCAAGCUCAAGUAGCCCCACGAAGAAACCCUCCGCAACCACACCAGCGACGUCCACCAGUCCACAACCCUUGAAGCAUUUCAUCCUCCCGAAGAAUAUAUCCCACGAUGCGCGCUUCCUUAUCCUGCGACAUCCCUACGACAACAGUUCCCAAAGAUUUCUGCUCUGUCCUGAACAUGGUCUGUUCCACUUCAACAGAAUAUCUGCGCCCACGACAGACCCUCGAAGCCUCGUUUUCGCUCCGUGUGAUCGGGAAACCCUUCAUCCUGACUCGACAAAAUCAGAAGAUGAGAAUCAAGCUGUACGCCGCUUGAGUAGUGGCUACGUGAGCAAGAGUGCGGAGUUCUAUGUGGCAGCACCAUUCGAUGUCGCCUUCAUGCUUAUCCCUCUGAUUUUACCGGCGAAGACAACUACGGCGAAAGCAUUGUUUCAACCGAUCGAUGAUCUCUUCGAACAGCGGGUACAAGAUGAUAAAGGACUACGCUAUCUUUUAGAACACGGACGAUCUAUGGUGGAGAACGCUAUGUCGGUACUUUGCGACACUAUCGAAGCAGGAGGCGAGGAGAUGUACAGGCCUAGCGAAGAAAAGAUGGCGCGAACGAUCGCCCAGAAGGUGAAGAACGCUGUCGACAGAGGUUUACCAGAUAGCUUGCUGGAAAAAUUCGUGAAAAGAGCCUUGGAAGCACCCAUACUCAGCAUCAAGCGGGAAGACACGCUCACAGUCACACAGGAAGUGCCGUUAGCGACGGACGAUGAUGAUCGUGCACUUGAUAGGUUGGACUCGCAAUCUUCGGCCGCGAGUACAACACAAUCUACAAUUUUUUCGGAAGUCUCGACGACGAGCUCGAUUAGCACUACUAUAUGUGAGCCAACGUCGAAGGAGCUGUUCGAGCUCCAGAAACAGCGCGUCGUUUUGGACUUCAUGCUUGCUUCAUACCUACCAGAGCCAAUUUCUGAGCGCCUAAGAGCUCGAAUCAAGUCACGGGAUCCGCUCAUUGACUUUACUCCUUUGGAAGAUCAUCUCAGACACUUGGACAGUAUGAAAGCCGAGGCGCUAGCUUCAAGAUCGAUUACGGAUUUCAGCCGAAAGCGUGAAUUGGAAGAUGAUGAAGCGCUGGAGAUGAGAGUGGAGAAGAAGCGGAAGCAGGAAGAAGAAGAGAGGAAAAAGAAGCUGGGAGAAUCAAAGGGAGUGCGCGAGCUAAAGAAGGUCAAUGUGUCAGGGAUGAAGAAGAUGAGUGACUUCUUCACGAAGAAACCUGCUGCAGGGGUCCCUUGA